CUUUAGCGGCAAAAGCAAAUCGGGCCGGACCCUCGGCCUGCCUGAUCGGGAGACUUGUUUAUGUUAUGCUCUGCGGUUGCUCUGCUUCCCCGCGAUUAUCGGCUUAUAAUCAUCAUUUCUACAGAAGUCCAGGCCUCUUGCAGGUAGCCCUGCUACUAAAAUGAUGGAAGAUUUUGUAUAGGUGCAACGUUUCCUAGAAACCCCUUGACCUGUCCUACCUGAUCAAACGCGACUGGGAUCGAGAGACAUCCCAUGAUCGUAUCGCUUAUUGCAUGUCGUUAUGUCCUUCCGCAGCUCUAGCUCUUCUCCGGACAUUCUUGGGCCACCUGGCGACGUCGAGUAUUUGGUUUCCUCCCCGUUCAAACCUUUCUCCGGGCGCCAGAGCGUCAUGUCGCCCGCAAAUUUCAAACUCCUUCAAACGCCGCGCUUCGCCAAAAGCAGAAGGUCGCGCAUUAGCCUGAGCCCUACCAAAAGUUCGCAUUCUAUCCGCUUCGAUGAUGUGGUGCUCCCUGGGUCUCCGUCAAGGAAAUUAAACGGUCGGCAAAGGUCCCUCUCCCCUGAAAACGUGCAGCCCGACGGGAACGUGAGUCCGUGGAGGAUUCGGGUGACAUUGGAGGCAACACAAGACGAGGAAAUGAACCAAGGCAGCCCUUCGCGCAAACGCCCCCGGAAUUCUACCAUGACAACCAAAGUACCGUUGAAGGAUGAAACAGACACCAUGGAGCAGACUCCCAGAAAACGCCGCGGACGCCCGAGGAAGUCAGAUACAACGGUUCAGAGUGCGACACCGAAUGGGGGGAGUCCUGGUCAUACUCCUGGUCCGGGAGGCGCAAGUGCGCAAAAGAGGAAGCGAGGUAGACCAAGGAAAUAUCUUCCGGAGCCGGAUGCGGUAGACAACGUUGCCAAUCAGGUGGCAAGCAGUCAGGUAGAUGAGCCGUCUGUUGUCGAGUCCGAGCCAAAUUGGGCUCCCCUGAACCUUGCUGCAGAUGGCGAAUCUGACGAUGGCUUGCCGGAUGAUCAAAGCUAUGCAGAACCUUUUGAGGGUGAUGUUCAGAUGGAGCAGUUUGACGAUAGCCCUCAGAAUCAGAGUGCUCGAGUUGAAUAUGAGCGUACUUACGAUACGCCGAAUGUCGAUUAUAUGGACGAUGUUUAUAUGCAGAAUGAUGAGAAUGUACAUUCAACACCAUCAAAGAUGCCUUCCCCAUCUCGGGAGAGCCAGAUUAUCUCUCCAGAUAACACCAUAUACGCUGGUCGUACACCUAGACCGCCUCGUCUCUACCCUACACCAACGUCUUCAUCAUUAGUCGAUGAGGAAAGACAAGAUCGAGGGGGGCAAAACUCAGCCUCGCGUAAUCGCUUCCACCAAAGCGAAGUUCCUACUACAAACGACCCUACAGAUGAACAUAGAGAAUUCGAUUCUAUAAUGGAGAGUGAAGGGUUUAGCAUGGUUUCACUGGAUACACUACCGUCGGCUAAGCAACAUGGACUUAGCACCAGUUCCCAAGUGGCAAAGGGCGCUUUGAAGCCGUUUCUGGAGCGGGAAAGCAACGGUGUCUUGAGACGGAAAUCCUCGACCCGGAAUCAGGCCAAUGAAGAAGAUGUCGGUCUGGAAACGCAACCAGAACCAUCAGCCCUGGAGCAAGAGAAGGCUACUGUGGACUACAGGUCCACUAGGGCAUAUUCUCCCCCAACUUCUCCAGCCUUUGUUCCGGUUCGAACCUCUCCUAAGCGACAGCGACGACCAAUAGCCAGGUUCGUGAGGUUGGUCCGUGUGGGUAUUGCUCUCGAGAGCGCUUUAAGGCAUCCAUAUGACAGAGGAUAUUCCAGAGGUCUUCUGUCAAGUCCUGAGAUACGCGAGUCGCAAAAUCAGAUGUCCAGCUUGGAGACAUCUAGGAAACGACUAGAGCUGCUUUUCAGCGAAUUCGAUACAGAGAUACAACAUGACUUACAGUCGGCCUUGAACUUUGGUCAAGAGCUCGCGAAGAGACGACUACAGGCAGAUAUCGAGAAUGCAAGAAAUGUCCCUGAGAUGGAAGCUAUUGCGGAAACCACGCCAAAAGGUCUGGGUGAAACUAGUGGGUCACGGGAACCGUCGCGGGAACCUGAUGAAUUAAGGGACUACGAUACACCAGGCUCAGAGAUGAGGCGCCGGAUGGAAGAAUGGCAACGGGAGAGGGAAGCUAUUAGCCGCGAAAUUCAGAUGGCCAACUCAAGCCAAGUCAUUGUUAUUGACAGUGAUGCGAGUGACCCUCCGAGCCCUGAGGGUGGCAUGGCUGCUCCCGAAGCUGAUGAAGGGCGUGACUGGGGCUCUGAUAUCGACGGCGGAGACGCAGAUGCACUGUUAGUGCAUGACAGACCCGAAGAUGAUCACUUUAGUGAGCAAGAGGAGGAAGACGAAGAUGACGGAUAUGAAGACAUUUGGCAGCAAGAAGCUAAUGAUAGAGGCGAUCUUUCGGACCAGUCGUCUGUUUCGUAUCAUCAUCAAAGCCUGGACGAUAACAGGCAGGAGUCUAGUCCUCAAACACAUAGCUCGAUAUCUGAACGGAGCGCUAUCGGUAAUUCUUAUUCUCCAGCCUACUGGACCAAUGCUCACGACAAGGUGCCAUUUCUGGGCAAGUCGCGAAUCAAAGACCUACGAGAACAGGAAGUUGAUAUUUCCACUUUGUUGCGUCCAGGGGCGACCCCGAAACGCUCGCAUUACUACUACGGGCAAAGCAGCCCCCCAAGUACAGAAAACGGGCGAGACCCCGAGCAGCCACAGUCAACCGCGGUAUCCCAAAGCGAGGAGGCAGAGGAUGAAUACGAGGAAGAAGAGGUGCAGGGAGUGAUGCAGGAUGAGGAGGAUCACUUACUUGAAGAACCUCUGCAGUCAGAGGGCUAUCUGGAGUCAAGCCCCCAGAGAGCCCCAGGGGAAGAGACAUUCCAGCUGGAUCCAACUACGAAUUUUGAAAAUGCAAGACAACACUCGGAUUUGUGGCUAGAAGGGUAUGGUGGCGAGAAUCUUUCAGAUGCAGUUUCACCUGAACCACAGACCGCCCGCGAGACACCUGUCCUCACCCCCGAACGCCCGCAGCCCUCCAGUACCGGAAAACAAGCAUCAUCCUGGCUCCAAAAGAUUACUAAUCUUACGCCUGGAUGGUUGAAAGUACCCAAUAGAAAACCAACUGAGGAGCGUGCUCUAUCUGUAUAUGACGAGGCUUCGGAGGGCGAAGAUGAUGCCGGGUCUCCCUCGAACAACGUGGAAGAAAACUAUAUGGAGGAAGCGCCACAGCUGCAUCGGGACCGUGAACAACAACAGAGCUUUUCUAGUCCGUUAGACGACAAGUCGCCAAAUGCAACAGCAAAAGACGAUACGUAUGAUCGUCCUUUGCCGUUGGCUGUCUCUGGAUAUUUCUCUGACGAUCACUACAUCCUCCUUCGUCGUCUUUACCGUUUGGCAAAAAGACAUCCAGAACGUUUCCUUUACUACCCAGGCCCAGGGCGGUCGGAUAUCAUUGGGGAUUGGAUAUGGACAUCAGACGGUUUACAUGGGGUCCCCAUCACGGAGCGUCAGUUUGCCAUUAUUGACAGGUUCGUGCAGGAGUUGGCCAAGGCCGACCUACAGGCCGGUGGAACAGGCCAAGUUGGCUGGACGGAAGCCGACUUGCAUAGAAGACUGAUCAGCGUGAUCAUUGGCGAACAGAUUCGGGAAGAGAUGAAAGCACGAUUGCACGAUGAACAGUCAACAGCGGGGCAUUCGAAAAGAAGGCGUGCCCCUACCAGUUCGUGGUACUGAUGACUGCGCAAAUCAACCCUUGUAUUUCUUUUUUUGGUUUCUUUCCCCGGACCCAGUGUGCAGUUUGGUAACGAUGGGCUUCUGCUUUUGUGUAACGAAUUCAGCCUCGUUUCUUGGGUGUUACUUGGAGAAUGUUUUCGGGACUACACGGGUUGGCGAGCCAAUGGGUGGAUACUGUGUCUAGAAUUACUGGCUCGCAUUUGA